ACAAAAUGGUUCUGAAUUGAACAGGAUUGUAACCAAGGAUAUCAAUGUAACAUGUAUUGGAUUAAACAUAGCCGGUCGAGGUAAAGGCAACACAACCAAAAUAAUCACCAUUAAAGGACCGCUGACCUGUCCACACGAUAUCGAUGACAGAGGAACAUACUGGUCUGAAGCAUCACCAGAUGCCAAAGCUGAACAGUCUUGUCCGUCUGGAUAUACAGGGAGCGUAUCUAGAUAUUGUAAUAGCGAUGGGAAGUGGUUGACGGGAGAUUACAGUUCAUGCGUUCAAGCAUCAUUGUUAAACAUCGAGAAACAGAUUGAACAAGUAAAAGCCGGAAUUGUUGUGUCGGAACCCGAUAAGUUGGUAGCCAAUCUGACCAAAAUAACCAAACAAUCUAAGUUAGAGAAGGACGAAAUACUUCAUAUGACAAAUGCUAUAAAAACCCUGACACAAAUUACUGAUGAAACAACCCAAAACUCAUCCACAGCCCAGAAUAAAACUAAACAGUUUGCUAAAGAAUCAGUGAUACUGGUCAGCACAUUAUUUGACUCUGAGCAAGAUGCAAAUAUGGAGACGCUUGAAUACGAGAAUAGCAGUAUAUCCAACGAUUUAAUGGAAACGAUGGAGAAAGUAGGUGAACUAGUUGGGGAUAAUCUACCGGAUGGGAAUUCCGAGACAAUUCAAUCUGAAAAUAUUGUACUCUCUGUUGGUAAAACGGACCCAUAUAACAUUACUGAUAUAAAUUUCCCCGGUGACAUUAAUACAGAUAUUAAAACAAACGCUCAACUACCCAAAGAAAUAUUCCAAUCUUCUUCAGAUCUGAAUACAGUUACCUAUUCGAUAAUAUCUUAUAAAAGUAUUCCAAAUCUACCAACAGACACAGAUAGAAAUCUCACCACUGGUGAUGACAACUCAUCCACAACAUUCGGGGUUAAUUCUGAGAUAUUAGCUAUUAAUGUGUAUGGACAGGACACUUCUAAACUUCAAUCAGACAUUGUGUUGACUUUCUACCAUCUUAAUACUACCCCCGGAAAUGCUGUCUGUUCAUAUCUGGAUUCUUCUAAUGUCUGGAGCAGCCAAGGAUGUAAAGUAGUAAAUACCAAUCGAAGAUUAACAAUAUGUUCUUGUGACCACUUGACUAAUUUCGCUCUUUUAAUGAAACCAACCAAAAGAAGUGUUAGUGAAUAUAUCCUCCACCACUAUGAAGUUUUAUCAACAAUGACAAUAAUUGGAUGUUCAAUCUCUGUGGUUUGUCUAACAAUAACCCUGGUUACAUUCAUAGCUGUGUGGAGAUUUGUUCAAUGUACCCGCACAAUAAUCCUGGUUAAUCUAUGUGUAGCCUUGAUCAUUGCUCUCUUGCUCUUUAUACUGGGAGUAGAUAAGACAUAUAAUCAGGACCUGUGUACCGGGAUAGCUGUUGGCUUACAUUUCUUCUACCUGGUGGUAUUCUAUUUGAUGUUAGCUGAGGGUAUGGAGAUUCUGCUUACCAUCAUCAACGUAUUUAACAGUUUGUCGAAGUUAAGAGAAGUUGGUCUAUUGCUCUUUGCUUGGGGGGUACCCUUGAUUAUUGUGGUUACUUCUGCAGGUGUGACACGAUUCCACGGAUAUGGAAAUAAGAAUUUUUGUUGGUUGUCUAUAGAAGGUGGUCUGAUUUGGGCGUUUAUAGCCCCAGCAUUAGUUGUAAUUCUGGUGAACGUAAUGAUAGUAGUUAAAAUCAUCCAUGCAAUGCUGACAACCCGAGUUAUGAUAAGUAAAGAUACAAGAGACAAGGCUAAAGCUGCUGUAAGAAGUAUAUGUGUGUUAUUACCAGUGAUGGGUGUGUCGUGGGGUUUUGGUAUUCUUGCAGUCAAUGAAGAAUGGAUUCUAUUUGAUUAUAUAUUUACCAUUUUAAACACUCUACAGGGUUUGUUUAUCUUCAUUUUCCACUGUGUCCUCAACAAAAAGGUACGGGAGGGUUUAGCCAUUCACCAUCGACGUUACAGAAGUCGACAUACGUCCCUGUCGGGGCCAUCAAGUUCAAGGUCAAUGUCAGAAACUGGUCGACGUAAAUCUUCUGUUGCCCUGGCAGCAAAUUCAGCAUUACAAGCCUUCAUCAAAUUCAACACGAGGGUCUUUGCAGGAAGUGACGCGACGCGAAAGGUAGAAACUGAUUCUAGUGUUCUUAAAUUUGGUGAAACAAUUGCGGAAAUUACUCCCAGUAAUCAGAAUGAUCCUGACAAUGCUACGAAUUUAACGCUUGAUAGCGAUCAUGUUGCAUCAGCCGCGGCCAUUGAAAUGGAGAUUGGUAUAAAACCAAGAAGGGAUGACCAACCACCACCAACAGUAUGCGAUGAUAUUAUGAAAACACAGUAUUUUAUUCUCAGCUGUUCAACAGAACCCACAAUGGAGCUUGAUAUUGAUUUUAUCGAUGAUUAAUUGUAUUUCCUGUUGUUUUGAUUUUUUGAUUUUUUUUAGAAUCACUUACAGUGCCUCUAUAAAGAAUAUAUACUCCCAGUUAAUAUUUGAUAUCUGACUAUAUUUUGAUAUAUUUGAUUUUUCCUAGAAGCACUUACAAUGCCUCUAUUACAUAAUACUAGUUAAUAUUUGAUAUCUGGCUAUUAUAUUUUGUUAUUUUUCCUAGAAGUACUUACACUGCCUCUAUUACAAUAUACUAGUUAAUAUUUGAUAUCUGGCUAUUAUUUUACGAUAAGAGUAAGAAAUAUUUGAUAUAUGGUUAGAAAUAUUCCAUAUUAAAUUAGCUGAAUAAAGUAUAAAAUAU